AAGGCGUUGGUGGUGGUUUUCGCUCUUUCCCAAGCGCAAAACGCCAACCCGAACCAGACAGAUCCCGUGCAAGCUGAAGCAGGCAAGGCAAACCCACACGCACUUGACCAUGGCGCUGACAUUUUAUAUGCUCUUGGGCAUUUUUGUAUGCUACCGCAUAUACAGGAUCAUCUACAACCUCUACUUGCACCCCCUCGCCUCGGUUCCUGGACCCAAAAUCUACGCAGCGUCCUGGAUCCCACGACUAUGGCGACAGCAGGUGCUCGGGGUGCACUGGAAAGACCUGGUGGCGCUGCACGAGAAAUACGGCCCCAUCGUGCGCACGGGGCCCGACGAGGUUUCCAACGCGUCCAAGCAGUCGUGGGAGGACAUUUGCGGCAGCCGCGUCUUCAACCGGGACCUCAACUUUCUGCGCGUGACGCAGCUCAGCGAGCGCGGGGGGUUCAUCUCGCCGGUCAAGCAGGAGCACCGGAUCGUGCGCAGGCUGCUGCAGCCGGCGUUCACGGACCGCACCAUCGACCGGCACGCCGACAUCCUGUACGAGUGGGUGACCAAGCUGCGGCUCAACGUGGCGGCGCACGGGGGCGAGCCGGUGGACGUGGCGCAGAAGCUGGUCUGGAUGACGUUUGACACCAUGGGGGUGCUCAGCUUCGGCGAGAGCUUCGGCUGCCUGGACGGCAACAGGCAGCACCCGUACCUCCGGGCCAUCGAGCUGGGGGCGCCGUUCCUGUCGGCGCUGCAGGUGGUGCUGCGCUACCGGGCCACCAGCUCGCUGUACGGGCUGCUGCUCCGCCUGCCGCUGAUGCGCUUCUGGAACAGCCUGCGGGCCACGGCCGAGGCCAAGGCGGCGCGCUGGCUGGACAAGGCCGACAGCUCGCGCGGCGACGUCAUGUCGCUGAUCUGGGCCGCCAUGCAGGACACGGCCAACCCGCUGUCGGCCGGGCAGGCCAACGACCUGGCCUCCAUCCUGUGCCUGGCUGGCGCCGAGUCGACCCCCGUGCUGAUGGCCGGCAUGGUGUGGUGGGUGCUGAGCACGCCGCACGCCCACGCCCGCCUGGCCGCCGAGGUGCGCGCCGCCUUUGCCCACGCCUCCGAGAUCCAGGUCUCCAACCUCAGCCGCCUCGCCUACCUCGAUGCCUGCAUCAUGGAGGCCCUGCGCCAGCACACCCCUUUUACCGUCGCCAUCCCGCGCAUCGUGCCCGAGGGUGGCGCCACCGUCGAUGGCCACUUUCUCCCCGCCGGCACCGUCUGCGGCGUCCCGCACUGGGCCAGCGCCCACCUGCCCACCAACUUUGCCAACCCGGACGCCUUUGUGCCCGAGCGCUGGCUGCCCGACCCGCCCGCGCCGUACGAUCAGGACAAGCGGGAUACCUUUAAGCCGUUUGCCAAGGGGAGCAUGGACUGCAUUGGGAAGCGCCUCGUCUACCACGAAGUCCGCAUGGUCAUGGCAACCCUCUUUUGGCACUUUGACAUGUCUCUUUGCGAGCAGUCGGUCGACUGGGUGGCCGGUGCCAACGCCACAGUGCGCUUGAUGCGGGAAAAGCGAGCACUAUGGACGGCUACUUGGCGGCCUAUUUCCACCGUCUUCCACUAA